GUGAGUUGUGUACUUUUCAUUCAUUUUCUUUCCAGCAUAUGUAUUGCUUUUAGUGAGAUCGAAUUUUUUGCCUACAGGUUAAAGUUACGAAGGAGAGUGCGGCACCUAGAGCAGUGUAUGUACCCACCGCCACUGUCCGGAUGGCACCUGCAAGCACAGAGCAGCAAUCGCUUGCGCCAGCAGCCCCACCUUCAGCACCUGAGAUCCCAACUUCUAGUGACAGAAAUGCCCCUGAAAGCAGCAAUAUUCACGAGGAAGCAGAGGGUCACUCCAUUUACAUCCAUGGUUUACCUUUGAAUGCGACAGUUCCCCAGCUCAAGGAGGAGUUCAAGAAAUUCGGACCUAUUAGGACUGGUGGUGUUCAAGUCAGAAGCAAUAAGCAACAUGGAUUCUGUUUCAGUUUUGUUGAAUUUGAGUCAUCAAGUUCCAUGCAUAGCGCAAUUGAGCUUGCAUUCACAGGAUCAACGGCUACUGGUAAAGUCGUGCUUGAAAUGUCUACCAAAAGCAAUCUUAAGCCCAUGACAUUAGAGCUUGGAGGGAAAUCUCCAUUCACUACUUUUCAUUAUAUGUGAGGAUGCUGAUGUUGAUCAGGCUGUAGAGCUUGCACACACUGCUCUAUUUUUAAUCAGGUGUGUCUAAUCAAUUAAACAUAUAGAACUUUUCUGGAUUUGAUGGAGAAUGAUUUUAUUGAAACUAAGUCUGAUUUGUGUAUAGGGACAAUGUUGUUGUGCUGGGUCUCAUACGUUUGUUCAUGAACGUGCUUAUGACGAGUUUGUAGAGAAAGCAAAAAACAGUGCUUUGAAACGUGUUGUUGGUGAUCCUUUCAAGAAGGGUGUUGAACAAGGUC